CAACACACAACAUGGUCCUCAAGAUCCGUCUCGCGCGUUUUGGCAAGCGCCACGCACCUUUCUACAACAUCGUCGUCGCCCACGCCCGAACCGCUCGCGGCAGCAAACCUCUCGAAGUCCUCGGCACAUACGACCCCAUCCCGAAAACACCCAUCGACAGUAGCGAGACGGCGAAGAAGUUCAAGGAUAUCAAGCUCGACAUUGAUCGCGCAAAGUACUGGUUGGGUGUGGGUGCUCAGCCGAGUGAGCCCGCUUGGAGGUUGCUUAGCAUGAUUGGUCUCAUGGAGCCCAAGUACAGGUUGGGACAGGAACUCAAGAAGGAGGGUGCUGAUGCAUGAGUCUCUUGAUUUGGGAAUCGCAUUUACCGUGUACGAUUGAAAAGGAAGAAGGGGAUAUCCACUGGGAUUGCAUGGCAAAGGCGUUCGGGCGUUGUUCUAAGAGAUUGAGAUGGAGUGAAUGCUUUGAUCUAUCACGACUGGCGUCUCAGGACAUUGUUAGAGUCCAAGAACUCAAGACAACUAACCACGGUCACAUAACCAUUUCAAGAAUGGAAGGGAGAUAAGAGGCACGCGAUAUGUCACGAGAGCGCUGGAGAUGAUUUGAAGUUGAUAAUUCAUGACGGCGAUGUGCC